GAGAGAGAGAGAGAGAGAGAGAUAAAGAAUAUUUUAUUGUGUCCAUGAGUUGGUUAGGUGAUCCUCCAAUUCCAAUUGGCUAUCCAUCUAUCCUCUUCUUUUAUUUAUACUCUCAGAAACAAGAAAUCAAAAAGGCAGCACAAUAAUACUGUCUAAAUGCUUCUCUACUUUCUCAUCACUUGUCUCUCUUUCUUUUUCUUUACCAAAUCUCUUUCUCUUCCUCCAUGGGCAUCUGAAACCAAAACCUUGCUCUCCUUCUACUUCAUCAAGAAUCCCUUUAUGAACACCCUACAUCAGACCAAACACGAUCCAGCCUCUCCGGUGAUCGACCAAAUGUCGGUUCUUGACCUCCCUGAGCUGGCUCUUGACUGCAUUCUUGACCUUCUUCCACCCUCUGGACUCUGCAGCAUGGCUAGGGUUUGUAGCUCCUUGAGGGAGAGAUGUGUUAGUGAUCAUCUAUGGGAGAAACAUUUGAAGACCAAAUGGGGCAAAAUCCUUGGCCCUGCUGCUCACAGAGAGUGGCAAUGCUAUAUCUCCUCUUCCACAUAUCAUCUUGAUUCUCCUCAUCAUCAAACUGGGAAUCUUGGUUUUGCCAAAAUCAUCUCUCUGAUCCGAUCUCUUUCAUCCGUUUUCCGAGAGGAUAAACAAAGGAGGGGAUAUGCAUCUUCUCUGCCACUUGAUUCCAGCAUGAGCUGCUACCUCUCCCUUGAAACAGGUCGUUUUUGGUUCCCAGCUCAAGUUUACAACCGUGAGAAUGGACAUGUAGGGUUCAUGUUGUCAUGCUAUGAUGCGGAGCUCAGCUAUGAUACUCACACGGAUACGUUCCAAGCCAGGUAUCCACCACAUGGUAGACGAGCAUCUGCGAUUGAAAAGGGUGUGACAUGGGAUAGAAUAAGAGCAGCUCCCAUUGAUGCAUCACCUCAUCUUCUCCAUGUAUCAGAUUCUUUAAAAGAGUUGAAACCUGGAGAUCACAUCGAAAUCCAGUGGAGAAGGAACAAAGAGUUCCCAUAUGGAUGGUGGUAUGGUCUUGUUCGCCACUUGGAAUCCUGUGAUGGAGAUCAUAACCAUUGCCAUUGCCAUCUUAGUGGUGAGUUCUCAUCUUCAUCUUCAUCUUCUGUGGUUAAAAAAUGGAGUCUUGGUUGGUUGUUUUAAAAUUGGCUGUCAUAUUCUAUGCAUUACUCAUUGUCUCAGCUCAUAAAGUCCAUUAAAUUCCCAAAACAUAGUUGAAAAGGGUGAACAUUGAAGAGAGCCAAUUCAAGCAAUGCCUUUUCUUGUUAAGAUUGGUCCCAAAACGACAAAUGAUGAUGAUAAUGUGAUGAUAUGUCUUGAUUUUCCUUGACAUUUUGAUAAAUGUGUGUCUUCAGUUGAUGUUGAAACCUCCACUUAUGUCCUCAUCGUUGGAAUUUGCAUUACUAAUGGGUGUGGGGCUCAACAAUGAUUCUGUCUCUUUAUCACUCCAAAAAAAUCUCUUAUUUUUAUCAUUUUGCUGGCACAUUGCAUGACCACAUAAAAGUAGAAAUCACAUCGAAAUAGAUAAUUUUUGGGAUUUCUCUCUGCCCACUUGCAUCUUGAUUUAACCUUUGUCUACUGAUAAUGUGUUAAACGAGUUUUUGCAUUCACAUGUUGUACUAAAUUGUCAAGUGUUGAUGAAUGGUAAAAACAGAGACGGUAGUGUUGGAAUUCAACCAGUACACAGUCGGAUCAAGGUGGAGAAGAACGAUGAUCAUGAGAGAUCAUAAAGAGGAAGGUAACGAAGAAGACGGGUUCUAUGGAGGAAUCCGAAAGCUAAAUUGUAAAGAAGAGAUUGCAAUGUGGAAACGUCACUGGCCUUGCUCCAUCUUGGAAUAGCAUUAAAGAAGCUUUGCUUAAACACAUGGGGAAAGAUAUUACACAUCACUAUACUGAGAGUAGGUUGUUAAAUUUAGACGUCUAUUCUCUUUUAUCCAAUGUAUGGUUGAUCGUGAAUUAUUUGUUGGGAAUAAAGUCUAUACGUGAAAUUAUUGUGUCACUUCGAUUUGAGAAAUAUUGUGUUGUAUAGGGAAAACUUAAUACAAUUGAUUUGAAUACUCAAAGAGC